AUGCCAGGUAGUGACAGUAUGCCGAAGGCAACCAUUCGCGGAUGCCCCGCGAUGGAAAGAACCGGCUCUGUUCCAAGAUUCGCGCAAAACUCUGUGGCGAAUGACACAGGGCUUCUAGAGGCCUUGUCACACUUUAACCGCGAGAAGAUCCCCGAGCGUGUCGUACAUGCAAAAGGCACGGGUGCAUAUGGCGAAUUCGAGGUCACCGAUGACAUCUCCGAUAUAUGCAACAUUGACAUGUUGCUGGGAGUUGGGAAGAAAACCCCCUGUGUGGGACGCUUCUCAACCACUGGACUUGAGCGCGGCUCUUCUGAGUCAAUCCGGGAUGUUAAAGGAUUGGGCUUGAAGUUUGACACGCAAGAGGGAAUUUGGGACUGGGUCUGCAUCAAUUUUCCAUACUUUUUCAUCCGUGAUCCAGCGAAGUUUCCGGACUUGAUGCAUGCCCAACAACGAGACCCACAAACCAACUUGUUGAAUCCCAAUAGGUACUGGGACUGGGUAUCGGAGAAUCCCGAGUCUCUACACCUGGUUCUCACACUUUUCAGCAAACUGGGAACAAUGUUCAACUGGCGUACCAUGAGUGCCUACAUCGGCCAUGCGUACAAAUGGACAAUGCCAGACGGAUCUUUCAAAUAUGUCCAUGUCUACCUCUCUCCGUGUGGCGGACCUUCGAAUGAGAAUGCCAGCAUGGACGACGCCUUCAACGAGAACAUGAACGACCCAGAUGGGGCCUCCCGGGACUUGUACGAGGCCAUCGAGCGUGGAGAUUUUCCGACUUGGACCGCAUAUGCGCAGGUGGUGGAUCCAGAAGAUGCUCCAGAUCUUGAUUUCAAUAUUCUUGAUAUGACCAAGCAUUGGAACUAUGGUUUUUAUCCGAAAAAUGGCUCCGUGAUCCCAAAGCGAGCAUUCGGCAAAUUGACAUUAAACCGAAAUCCUCAAAAAUACUUUUCGGAGAUUGAGUGUCUUACCUUAUCGCCUUCAAAUCUUGUUCCUGGCGUCCUCCCCUCGGAGGAUCCGAUUCUCCAAGCCCGUAUGUUCGCGUACCCGGAUGCUCAACGCUACCGUCUCGGCGUCAAUCCUGAAAAUCCGCCGACUCGGCCCAAAAAACCCCUCAGUCUUGAACCACAAAGUGAAAAGUUUACAAAGUGGAUCAGUGAGGUCUCGUCCCCGGCGUGGUCAGAGCCCCGUGAAGAUGACUAUGGCUUCGCGAGGGAGCUGUAUGAAUGGUUCCCUCAAUUUCGAGAUCAGGAUUUCCAGAAUGAGUUGAUCGAUAACCUAGCCGAGUCUAUCUCCCAAACUUCGGAGGCUAUCAGGGAGAAGGUGUAUCGCACAUUCGCUCUGGUCCAAACCAGUCUUGCGGAUCGUGUCCGUGAAAAGGUUGACAAACGGCUCGAACCAGCAUGUGGACAUGCAAAUCCGAUGGGGCCCCGCGGGCCAGCGAGACUGUAA